AUGUCCGUCGAAACCAUCACCACCAUCUCUCCAACCACCAACAAGCCAGUUCUGACCCGAAGUGGAAUCUCUGCCACGGAGCUUCAGCUGCUUCCAAAGGUGGCAACCGAGGCGUUCCUGAGCUUUCGAAAGACAUCGCUAGCAGACAGGCAAGCCAUUGUGGAGAAAGCACUUAAGCUUCUGGAGGCUAAGCAAGAUGAGCUGGCAAAGGAGCUGACGGAACAGAUGGGACGACCCAUUGCAUACACAGCCAAAGAAGUGACGACUGCGGUCAAGAGAGGGGAGUAUCUUCUGAAGAUUAGUGAGGAUACUCUGAAGGAUACAGAUGGCGAGGCAGAGAAAGGAUUCAAGAGGUUCAUUCGAAAAGUUCCAGUGGGGCCAGUCCUUAUUCUAUUCGCAUGGAAUUACCCGUAUCUGAUCCUUAUGAACUCGCUCAUACCAGCUCUUCUGGCUGGAAACUCCGUUAUACUCAAACCUUCACCGCAAACUCCAACGAUUGUUGAACACAUAUCCUCCAUAUUCACAGAAGCCGGACUUCCUCCUAACGUAAUCCAAUACUUCCACUGCGGCUCACCCACAACUAUCGAAGCGAUCGUUAGAGAUCCGCAAAUCGCCCUUAUCUGCUUCACUGGAUCCGUUGCUGGAGGUCUCGCUGUUCAGAAGGGAGCAGCAGAUCGCGUCGUGGGUGUCGGCCUGGAACUCGGUGGCAAGGACCCGGCAUAUAUCCGAUCAGAUGUUGAUGUGGCAUGGGCAGCUGAGGAAAUUGUUGAUGGAGCUAUAUUUAACUCUGGCCAAAGUUGCUGCAGCUUGGAGCGAGUCUAUGUCGACGAGAAGAUCCACGACCAGUUUGUCGAAGCUGUGCAGAAGGUUCUUGCGGGAUACAAGCUCGGCGAUCCCUUUGACAAGGGGACACAUGUUGGGCCGGUGAUCUCAAAACGCUCAAAAGAAGCAAUCGAAGCACAUAUCAAGGACGCACUGGACAAGGGCGCAAAGGAUGCAACUCCGGACAAUGAAUCGUUUAAGUCGCCUCCACCUAACGGCAAUUUCAUCAAGCCAACGCUAUUGACAAAUGUAACUCAUCAGAUGAUUGUCAUGACGGAGGAGACUUUUGGUCCUGUUAUCCCUGUUAUGAAGGUUAAGAAUGAUUCUGAGGCUAUCAAGUUAAUGAACGACAGCGAACUCGGCUUGACUGCCUCAAUUUGGACGAAGGACACUGCUAAAGGGGCUGAACUGGCAGAAGAUGUUGACGCAGGGACUGUAUUCGUGAAUAGGUGUGAUUAUCCAAGUCCGGACCUUGCGUGGACGGGCUGGAAAAAUUCUGGAAAGGGCCAAACCCUGAGCAAAUUUGGAUUUGACCAAUUCGUGAAACUGAAGAGUUUCCACGUCAAGGACUACCCUAAGUAG